AUGGCGUCCAUCAACCCUUUCCAGAAGCUUCCAGCGGAGCUCAUCACCAUUAUCUUGGGUGUCUUCGAUUCCCCCAAAGAUAUUCAAUCCGCAGUUCUCGCUGACCCAUACAUUUUGCAUGUUUUCCUUCAAAACCAGUCCUUUCUCCUCCAGCCGCUUCUGCAAAAUCUGUAUCAUCACUUCCCAGGUCAAAAUCUUACGCAAGCAGUCACGGUAUGUCGCCUUCGCAGGCUCGAGAACAGAUUGCCAUCUCAAAAUAGAGCUCAAGCUGAAGCUUUGAUGAAACCAGUAUUGACAUCAUCACCAGAACCAUUUUCAGUAUUGCAGAUGAAUCUAGGGGCCCUCUCGGAUCUAUACCAACUCCAUCUCGAAGCAGACGCUUUCAUGGCUCAUUAUCCAAAGGCAGCUUGGGAAAUGUCACAAAAUAUGUUGGCUAGAAAGGCCAGAGAAGAUUAUCCCAAUCGUCCAGCACCUCCUACGCCUCCCCUAUCUCUACCGCUAUCAGAAACCGAGAUCCAACAGAUGCAAAAGGCAUUUCUGGUCUUUGAUGCAUGUCGGCAUACUCUAGUCUUCAGCACCUCAUUUCUGCAAGAUUAUGGUCACGGUGACUAUGAAUGCGGAUUCUGGAUCCCCUGGAAAUUCAUUUACCAGGAGAAACUGCGCUGUGUCAGGGCCUUUCAGGCAGUCUUCGUAUUCAUUUUUGAAGAAUACGAGAACCUCUUGAAGCGGAUUGAUGUUCAAAACUCUGCUUCACCUCUUGAAUCCAUCCGGAUAGAUGGACGACUACAAAGACGGCAAUUUCUACAGAGAGACCCGCGUGAUGGUCUCCAGUUUACAGCCUAUCUUUGCUCACAAGGUUACCAUCGGCUGCUGAGUUUCCAAGAUAUGGACAAUAUCGCACAAGAAGAAGCCAUUUUGUCCUCGUACAAUCGAUAUCUUGAGCUCAAAGCUGACCCCGCACUUGCCCGAUGGUCGUGGGUGCUAAUCUGGAUUAUUCACUCAGGACACUUUGCUACGGUACUCACACAUACCAUGUGUUCUGGACAACUGGGGCAUUUAUGUGGGAUAUGGACAGGCUGUCGCAAUUAA